CAGUUAGCUAUACAAGCGCCAACGCGCCUUUGCGCAGGCAGUUACGUUUGUGUGGAUCUCUUGAAUAGUUAACUUCAACACUUAUUGAACGGCCUUUGCAUGCAAUUGGCAAGACAUUGCUAAUUUUAUGCGCAGAACUUUCAGGAAGUGUUGAUUUUAACUAUCCCAGAAAUCGCACUUUAAUUCUCCCGCAAGAAAACUGAGACGAAUUUCUUAUCGUGUAUUAAAGAUGGCCAUAGGGGAACUUGAUUUUUAUUCGGAUCAGAAUAGAAAAAUUCGGGUUCUUGAAAAGAAAGUACAAGAACUUCUGAUCCAAUCCACUGAAAAUUUGGUACGCAUCCAUUCCCAAGGAAAUGUGCAUGGAAAACCAAUCAUCCCAAUUUCUUUUAACCCUUAUUCAUCCGGGGAAAAUGUACGUAACAUCAAACUAAACGAGCCUGAACCAAACGAAUUUUCAAAUGAAUGGCGGCCAGCUGAAGAAAAAGAUUCGGAGCCAUCUCAAGCUGGGGACAUAUUUUCGUUGGGAUGCAGCUUCUACUCAGUCAUCACUGGUGGCCAGCAUCCGUUCGGGAAGCCAGGCCAUCGUGCCCUGUUUAUCGCUAAAAAUCUAUACGAUUUGUCUGAAUGUCGAGAUGAGCAACUUAAAAAACUCAUAGCCAGGAUGAUUUGUCAUGAUAGAACAAAACGACCCAGUUUAUCCGAUCUGUUGAACCAUCCGUACCUUUGGAAAGAAGAACGGGUGGAAAAUUACUUAAUGGCAUCAGCUGAAAAUCUGGACGAGAACAACGAAAAGUAUAAAAUAUGGAAAGACACAGUUCUAUUGUCGUCAAGCGCACCAUCCUUUGAUUCUGACACAGUCCAAAAAACUACGAUUGUAAAAAGUGUUGUAGAAAUUCUGAUGGAAUUAAAGGAAAAGAAAGAGACGGCCCUAAAUGUCUAUCGGCUGUUUCCCGAUUUGCUGUUCUCUGUAUACUUUGCCGAAAAUCCCGGUGUCAUCCAUGACGAAAUCGAAAAUUCAGGACCAGAAACAUUCGGUAAUGUGCUGAUAGCAAAUGAUUGCAUCAAAGAAGUCCAGCCGACUAUCGGGGUCAAGAGACGUUAUGGCCGAUUCGGAUCGCAACCCGUCCAUGUGAUGCAAUUUUCGGUUUUUACCGCUGAAUCGAUAUCCUUAAUGAAACGCCUAAGCUGCUUGAAACAUCAAAAUUUACUGCGAUAUUUUUACCUUGCCGAAAACCCUGUCAAAAAUUUGGUGUUGGCUUGUGAGCCGUUCGAUGAGACACUCGACACUUGGAUAGCGAAGAACAGUCAGCUGAUAAACUUGGAAACGGCAAAGGAAAUUUUAACUCAAAUAACGUCAGGUCUCGUGUACUACCAUUCUAACAAUCUCAUUCACGGGAACCUCACAUCCAGCCAAAUCGCUAUAACCAACAGCGGAACUCUUACUGCAAAAAUCUGUAAAUUUCUGAUUGAUGAAAAAGACUGUACAAAGAAUCCAUCGCCCACAAUGCAAAACGACAUUCGAAAACUGGGCCAAAUUUAUGCUGAUGUAUUAGAACAAACACUGGACGCGCCACCAUGCAGCCGUCAUCUUAUCCAGUCGAUGCAAGAUAUUAGGGAUGAAUGUAUUCCCCCAUCGGGAGCAAUCUUCUGCCACCCGUUCUUUUGGUCAUCCGAGAUCACCGCAGAUUUUCUUCUGGUAGCUGGUGACUUUUACAAAGAAAAUCCGAAUAUCGAUAGAGAUUCGCGGCUUAUUACUGUGCCGUCACCGGCACCCGAACGUCAACAUCUCAAAACAAACAGAUCGGCCAUUGAAUCCUUUUUGCAACAUGCCACCCAUGACUCCUCGGCAGAAGAGCUAAUAUCGCUUGCCAUGGAUUUGUUAAACGAUUGUCCCGAGCUAAUCACCCAGACGUGGCUUAGGUUGCAAAAAUUCAAAUCCGCUGAUGAAUCUGAACUUGCAGAUUUCUAUCACCCAAUCUACGAUUUUCCUACAGAUGAAAAGCUUGUGGAUGGAACGCAAGAGAAUAUGAACAGGCAGAUUGCAUUGCUAGGCAACGAACAGUAUGAAGAAUUUUUCAUUGAAGGAUUUCAAACGUCAAAUACCCUGGAGAACCAAGUGCCUCAUGUUACUCAAAACUAUCUCCACAACUAUCUUCAGAAAUAUGCACUAGCUAUGGAAGAUUAUGGAACGACUGGAAAAGUCAUAAAGCAUCCCGCUAUUGAUCCUUUCGGAAGAACAGCCAUGCACCUUGCUUGCCACUCGGACGACUUCUACACUUCGGCCAGUAAAUUGCUGGAAUUUGAUUUCGAUCCAAACAUCGAAGAUAAAAAUGGAUUCGUACCUUUGCAUGUUGCUGCUCUCAAUAACUCGUUUAAGAUUGCCAAGUUACUAAUCGAGAACGAAGCUAUUAUUGACUUAUGCAACAACAAAGAAUUAAGAACGCCUCUUUUCUUUGCCGCACUCAGCAACUCAGUUUUGAUUAGCGAGUUGCUGAUGAAAAUGCGCGCUGACGCAAAUAAAGUGGAUGCCUUUGGACAAAGUCCCCUUCACAUUGCUGUGGAAAUAAACUCGGUAGAAGUGGCGGAACUUCUUCUGGAAAACGGUGCGAAUGUUAAUGCAGUAGACGAUUUCGGCAGAAGUCCUUUACAUAUUGCCGUGUUCCAUAACUCGAUAGAAAUGGCGUAUCUGCUGCUCAACAACAGAGCCAACCCUAACGUUAACCAACCGGGGAAAAAAGCUACUGCUGCUCCUGUGCUGUAUCUUGCCGUGACAAAAGAAUCACUCCAAAUGGUAGACCUUCUGCUCAAGGCAGGUGCCGAUCCAAAUUUAACCACAUCACAAGGCGAAACUCCAUUGCACGUAGCUGCGCUUCUCAAACCGACAUGUCCAAUCCGAUCACAAAUAGUAAAGUUACUUAUCGACUGGAAAGCAAAUGUGAAUGCUGGGGAUAUGAGGGGUCGAACUCCGCUUCAUCUUGCAACAUUCAACGCGGCUGAAGAAAUUGUAAAACAGUUAUUGGAAUACCAAUUUAUCGAAAUCAAUUCAAAGGACAACAUUCGAGGGAUAACUCCCUUACACUUGGCUGCUUGGUAUGGUCGUGAAAACAUAGCUGAAUUACUUAUUGGCAAAAAAGCCAAAGUUGAUGUCGAAGAUAAAAAUCGCCAAACACCUCUCGAAUACGCUGCUUCAUCAAAUUCCGUUAAUGUAGCCAAACAGUUAUUAACAGCCGGUGCCGCAGCAAAAACACGGAAUUACCAGAAGAGUUACCGUUCACCGUUACAUAUUGCAGCAGCCCAUGGUGCACGAGAAGUCGCCGAGCUCCUGAUUGAAAAAGGCGCGGAUGUGUAUGCCACUGACGGGUUUGAUUUAACUCCGUUUCAUUAUGCGGAAUGCCGUAACCAGAAGAACUUCUUUCAGUUCCUCCAGAAAAGCAGCAAUGAGAAACAUUUGUCUCAUUCUUUAAUGAGCAAGCAACUUAGUCCAGCAGACAUGGCCGAAAUUUAUGAAUUGACAAACAGUUUUCAACAUAUGACUCUCCCUGGCAUUGAAGUAAGCUUGUCUGGCUUUCAAAACCAGGUCGAUAGUAUAACCGUUGCUUAUCAACAAGUAUUGAUGUACUAGAAAUUUUAGACACUAUGCUAAUCCAGCACGCUGUUGCUCAUCAUUUUAAUCACAUGUGCAUUUGUAGUGAGUUUUGUAGGCAGUAAGACAGUCACCUGAUUUUAAAAAUCCCCCCCAAAUUUUUGCUAAGCGAAUAAACAGGUUAAUUGCCGAUCAAUUAAAUUGCUAUUAAUCCGCCCACCCCCAACACAUACACGCAUUCAUACGAUGUUUAUCUUAAUAGUGGCCUGUACUACAAUACGUCGAACAUGGAAUAACUGCCAUAAUAUAGCUAUCAAACUAUUUAAUCGUUUAUUCGAACGAUCCCUACCUGUAAAGUGCACCUGAGAGCCCUCAUGAGCCGGUGUUUAACGUCGGCCAGAGUUCAUUUGCGCUCAACUGUACUAAACCGGUUUUAUGGAAAUAAACUCUAGUAGUCCUGA